CUCCAGUUUUUACGAAACAAAUGCUUUCUACCCGGUUUGUUACUAAAAAUUACAAGGUCUUUAUCAAGCUAUAUAAAUGAUAGCGUGUGUUAUCAUGAACAGUUGGCGUUAAGAGUCGUGGAUCUAUCCGUGAGACAUUGCGUAACGUAUUAUGAUACGCGAUAUUAUUCUCCAUGAUGGCGCAACCAACGAUGAUACACGAUUGUAAUAAGUGAUCGUUGUCGACUUGUGGUCCAGUGCCGUAGCAAGAGCAGUGCAACAGAAAUACCCGAAGACAAAAUGUCGAAGGUCACUUUGUACUCUCACGAUAUCAGUCCGCCAUGCCGUUCAGUCCUGUUGGUGGCCCAUGUAAUCGAUCUUCCGUUGAAUAUUCACGAAAUAAACCUCACGAACCACGAUCAGACGAAGGAUGAAUUCGUGAAAAUCAACCCCCAACGUAUGAUUCCGGCCAUAGACGACAAUGGUUUCCUCCUUUCGGACAGUCAUGCUAUUAUUACCUAUCUGGUAGACAAAUACGCCAACAACGACGACAUAUACCCUAAGGAUAUAAAGAAACGCGCGCUAGUUAAUCAGCACCUUUUCUUUGACGCAUCUGUAUUUUUCGCCACCAUGAAGACUGCCUUGAGACCGAUCUUUCGGGAAGGAGUAAAAUCGGUUUCGGAGAAGACGAUGAACGAAGUGAAGAAUGCGUAUGCAUCUUUGAACACGCUUCUGGAGGGUAAGAAGUGGCUCGUGGGUGAUUCCUACACUAUCGCUGACAUCAGUUGCGUCGUCACCGCCACCGGUGGUAUCGCUCUUCUUAAUCUGGACAACUACCCGAACGUGAAGGACUGGGUGCAAAGAUGCGAAGCUGAGAUCCCCGGCUAUCAAGAAAUAAAUAUGCCUGGACUUAACAAAUUACAGGAGAUAUUACGUUCAAAACUCGGUUAAGCGCAAAAUACUUUAAUGUAUUCGAAUUUUUAUACCGUACAGCGUAUUUUAGCAAAUAUACACUAUCGGUAGUAACAUUCCUGU